AUGGAGAACGUUUACAAGACUUUUGUUUUGGAUCAGGAGGAUGAUUCCGAUAAUUUUUGCGUUUUAAUUAAAACUAAGGGACUAUCGAAUUUCGAUAGUUUCAAGGAGGCGCUCUUCAAUCGUAUUCCGAUGCUGAAAAAUAUGCCACUGUACAUGUUUUACAAAGAUCCGUUUGUGAAGAAUCCACAAAACAAGUUUUUGUCCAAUAUUUUUUGGGAUGAUGCUAGUGUGCCGUCGCCAAAUUUGAAUAUUCCUGCUUUUGGAUUCGUCCAAUCAAGUGAAAACAAACCAUACCGAACGUAUACACGCGAAGAUAAGAACAAAGCCAUCGAAGCGAUAAAGAAUGGAAUGACUGUAUCGCAAGCGUCACGUAAGUAUAGAAUAUCAUGGCAAUAUUUGUACGACACUUGGAAGAAAAUGCAAAUAGCUGACUCUCAACUAAACGAGAAAGAUGAUGAGGACGAUACUGAUGCUCUACUGAGCGAUGAGGAACGUUUUCAUGCACUAUAUAAGAAAAUGGUUUUAGAAAUAUUGAAGAAGGAUGAGAAUGCCUCAAAAAAGCAUGUUCAAUUCCUAAUAAAAGAGGUCGAAGCAUUGAAAGUAGAAGACACAUCAAAGAUGCUAAUUGAAGGCAAAAUAAUUCAACAAUUAUUGAAAUUGAAUGUUCCAUCAAAGGUGAAUACCUCAUCAGAAACUGCUAACCAAACAGCUGACUGUAACAAUGAAGAAAAGGACACCUCAAAUUUGGAAGCAUCGCCAUCAAAAAACGGUUCGCCGGGUAAUGAAUGGAUUCUGAUUGAAAACAAUGAGUUUACAAAAGACAAUGCAUCAAUCGGUAGCAAUGGCAGCACUAUAGCCGUUCUAGAAGAAUCAACUCCAUCUGAAAAUAUGGACGAUGAGGAGAUGAUUGGUUUUUCAGAAUCAUGGCGCAAUUAUCAAGAAGCAAGACAAAAUAUGGAAGCAGAUGAUAAUAGUGAGAGCGGAAAUGAAACUGUUACAAUGGAUGACACCGUUGGUGAACCCAAGUGUCAAGAACCAGUUUCAAUGCAUUCAGAUCCUCGUGUAAAUGAAGCAUUGAGUAUCUUAACUGCUAUGGGAUUCAAAAACGACGACGGUUCGUUGACAGAGCUUUUGGAAAUGGUCGAUGGAAAUAUCUCCAAAGUUCUUCAACUUUUGGAAACACCGAAAUAA